AUGCGUCGCAUCCCACAGCGCGCAAGACUGGGGGUGCUUGAUGCACUAGCUUGUAUCCUGAAGCGGCUCCAGACAAAGGCAGCAGACGAGGCAGCAUCCUUGGUGUUUUUGGCCUUCCCUCGUCUUUUCUUGGGGAUUCCAACCGGGCAAGGCCAGGGGCAGAGGGCGGCAAUUAGGGAGCGGUUGGAGAAGUUUUGGGCUGGGGAGUGGCAGCAGCUGUUUGAGUUGGCGGUGGCGGCGAUGCAACCUGCGGCUCGCCCCUUGUCCUUCACCCCACCCGAGCAUGAUCCUGAUGCAGUGCGCCUGUCCCGCUGCCGUACAAGGUGCAAAGUGGGAGAAUGGAGUCGGGGUUUGGCGUGCCUUACGGCUGGUAGCAUCGCUCAGCCCUCUCAGCACAUGGUGGACAUGCUACAAGCGAAACACCCAUCGUGCGAGACCGCCAUUCCUGGGUGGGUGCAGGAGGAGACAGUCGAGCCUUCCCUUAUCCCACAGCUCUCAGUGGAGGUACUCGGCCAGGCGAUCCACUCAGCGGCUAGGGCGUCCGCACCAGGACCGUCGGGGUGGGUGACGGAGCACCUGCGCGACACUUUUCUCUCUGAGCCCGCGUACCUGCCCCAUCUGCUAGAGGCCUUCACCCAGUGGACCAAGGGAGAGGUAGCGGAGCGCGUGCGACCCUGGCUCGCUACGUCCAACUUGGUGGGCCAGUCGAAGCUGAAUGGUGACGUUCGCCCGGUGGCUAUAGGCGAGGUGCUCCCCCGCAUACUAUCUCGGGCCAUAUGCAUCGUGCUUCGUCCGAAGAUGAUGUCGCACUUUGCUCCGUGUAACCAGUUUGGAGUCGGGUCCAGGUCGGGAGUGGAAGUCCUCGCACAUGCCUUUCGCUCCGCCAUCUCUACUCACCCGUCGUGGUGCGCGCUGCAAAUUGACGUGGCGAACGCUUUCAACUCCUUCCAUCGGCGGGAAAUGUUUGAAGGUCUUCGACAGUCGCCUUUCAAGGGAUUGAUUCCAUUUCUGCGUGUCUUCUAUGGCACUCCUAGCGACCUCUAUCUCCGUGCGGGCCCUUUUGUCGAAGCUUUGGCCUCCGAGCGGGGCUCGAGGCAAGGGGACCCAUUGGGUCCGUUUCUGUUCGCGUUCACACAGCAGCUGGUUAUGGAACCAACCAAAACAGAGUUCGCCGACUUACUCUUCCUCAGCUAUGCUGAUGAUACGUAUAUCCUGGGGCCUAGGGAGCGGGUUUUAGCAGCCUAUGAGGCCUUGCGGGAACGAUUGGACGGGCUGGGUUUGGAGGUGCAGCCGCAUAAGUGUAAGCUAUGGGAGCGAGGGAGGAACCAGGAUGGGGAGGAGAGAAAUGAGACCGUCCCGCCCGGCAUGCAGCAGACAUGGACGGGGCUCACUGUGGUAGGGGUCCCCAUUGGGGAGGAGGACUGGGAGGUGGCUAGCCUGCGUCGCCGGCUGACGGAGCUGCAUGCACCUGUCCCUUGGCUUCCUCUGCUUGACCACCCACAGAUUGCGUCCCAUUUGCUGGCGAUCGCAGUGUCAGCGCGCCCGAUUUACCUCACACGGACGAUGCCUCCACGACCUGAGGUUGUGGAGGCUUUUCGGGACUGGGACAUGAAGCUAGAAGAUUGUUUCGAGGAGCUGUUUCCAGAUAGUACCUGGGAUCACGAUUCGGGGAAGUCUCAGAUGGCUCGUUUACAGCUGCACCUUCCUGCCAGACUCGGGGGGUUCGGCAUUCGAUCUGCGGCUGACCUUAGUCCUCUGUCAUAUGCAAAUGGCUGGUGCCAAGCAGUGAGCGAUGUGGCUCGGUUGGGGGUGGCAGGUGAGGAGCGGAUGUUUGAGGAGUUUUUCCGCACGCCCGAGGCUACGACCUUGUUGGACCCCUGGUUUGCGAGAGCAGUGGAUCUGCUUCCACAGUCGGUCCGGCAGGAGAUGCCACCCCUUGCCUUGUGCACUGCUGACCCCCCUGUGCUGCUCUUCUCCACACAACACCGUCGCCUAGCGGUUGAGAGCCUUCAAUCUCUUCGAGGCAUGGCCCACAACGAUGCCACCUUGGCCCGUUUGACAUCCCUUCAGGGCCCGGGGGCUGGGGCGUGGGUUUCUGCCGUUCCUUCGCACGAGGAGGCUACCUUCACCGCAGCCGAGUGGAGCAUCUGCGCGUCCAUGCGCUUAGGCCUCCCUAUACAGCAGCUGAUAGUGGCCGGCAAGUGCGCGUGUGGGUUUGAGUUUGCUGAUCCCUCUGACCCGCAUCAUGCCCUUCGCUGCAAGUAUCAGUAUGCACCUUCUCGUGUUCACGAUGCGGUUAAGUUUGUGGUGGCGAAGAUAGCUAAGGGUGCGGGUGGGAUUGUGACCAUGGAAGACGACACGUUGCUCCCAGGGAAGAGGGUUGAUGUGGCGGUUCGGAAACUGAGGGAGGGGGAGGAGCACGCGCUGGAGGUUAGUGUGGUAGACCCUAUCUCGCUAUCCGCGCAGCACCAUGGACAGAUUGGGCGCAAGGUGGGUUUUGCCGCGAGAGAGAGAGAAAAGCGGAAGGCGGCGGACUACAAAUCGCUUCUACAGCGGCAUAGGGGAGUGCAGUUCACACCUCUCAUUGCUGAGACAUGGGGAUGCUUGGGGGGGAGUUUUGGACGGUGGCUUAAGAAGCAGGGUGACGCGCAGAUCGAGAUAGCAAAGACGAAAGGGGCGGCGCGAGCUACGGGAAAGGGUUUCUCGGCUUAUUUGCUCGGUUCACUCAAAGCGGCCGUGGGUGUGGCUUUGCAGCGGGCUCAGGCGCGUGUGAUCUUGUUACGCGCGGCGUCGAUGAUGAGAGGUCCAGAGGCUGUUUGGGUGGAGCGGGAGGAUGUUGAGGAGGAGAUGGGAUGGGAUGCUCCGUGGGCGGAUGCACCCUACUUGGUAGACAUGCGGGUUUAG